AUGGAGAGGGCCAGGCCGGAGCCGCCGCCUCAGCCGCGCCAACUGCCGAGGGCGACACCGCCGUGCCCGUUGCGCCUGGCUCCGCCCUCGCUGUCGGUCGAGGGCGCCUCCUUUCGAGCAGCGGCCGCCGAGCCCCCUCCGUCGCCGCCUGUCCCGUGCGCGGCCGCCAUUGCGACCGUGGCCUCGUCGUGCGGGGACGCCCCGGCGUCGGGCGUACCGCCCGCGGCACGGCGGCUGCUACAAGUGAAGCAGGAGCAGGUGUUGCUGCUGCCUCAGUCCCCGGACGAGGGCGCCAUAGCCUCCCCGGGGCAGGCGCGGCUGUUGCAGCUGAGGCCUGAGCUCUUGCUGCUGCCGCCGCUGCCGCCCACCCCCGAGGGCGGUCCCUGCAGGCCCGAGUUGCACCCAGUGCAGCCCCGGCUGCUGCAGGUCAAGGCCGAGAAGCCAGAGCCGGGGCCCAGCUUGGACCUGUCGCUGGCACCUCGGAGGGCCGUCGAGGCGGGUCCUAGAGCCUGCAGGACGGCCAAAGGGGAGGGCCCUGGGCCGGCCCCCGACGGCAGCCGAGGGAAUGGCAAGGGCGAGAUGGAGCCGGAGGAGGUCUUGAGGGAUGCGGUGAAAGGCGGGGAUGGCAAAAGCCUGCCGGCCUUGGGAGAAGGAGUCAUCAAAACGGAGGAGCCGGAGAGAUUCCACGAGGACUGCAGUCUCGGCCCGGAAGGCGCGCCCAAUGGCCUGGGCCAUGACAGCAAGGAAAUGAUCCUGACCCAGACGUCCAGCGCCUUUGGGCCGCACCAGCAAGACCUCAGGAUCCCCUUGACUCUCCACGCCGUCCCUCCCGGGGCGCGGAUCCAGUUUCAGGGACCUCCAGCUUCAGAUCUGAUACGGUUGACCAAGGUCCCCCUGACACCAGUGCCUAUUAAAAUGCAGUCCUUACUGGAGCCUUCUGUAAAAAUUGAAACCAAAGAUGUCCCGCUCACCGUGCUUCCCUCAGACGCAGGAAUACCAGAUACUCCCUUCAGUAAGGACAGAAAUGGUCAUGUGAAGCGACCUAUGAAUGCAUUUAUGGUUUGGGCAAGGAUUCACCGGCCAGCACUAGCCAAAGCUAACCCAGCAGCCAACAAUGCAGAAAUCAGUGUCCAGCUCGGGUUAGAGUGGAACAAACUUAGUGAAGAACAAAAGAAACCCUAUUAUGAUGAAGCACAAAAGAUUAAAGAAAAGCACAGAGAGGAGUUUCCUGGUUGGGUUUAUCAACCUCGUCCAGGGAAGCGAAAACGCUUCCCUCUAAGUGUUUCCAGUGUGUUUUCUGGUACCACACAGAAUAUCAUCUCUACAAAUCCUACAACAAUUUAUCCUUAUCGCUCACCUACCUACUCUGUGGUAAUACCCAGCCUACAGAACCCCAUCACUCAUCCAGUUGGUGAAGCUCCACCUGCCAUCCAGUUGCCCACACCUCCUGUCCAGCGCCCAAGCCCCAUCACACUUUUCCAGCCUAGCGUCUCCAGUGCUGCCCAGGUGGCUGUCCAGGCUCCAAGUCUGCCCCUCCGCCCAGCACUCCCACCUCAGCAUUUUGCUGGGCCUUCUCAAACGGACACUCAUCGGCUGCAUUCUGGAGCCAGUCGCUCUGUGAAGAGACCCACUCCUGUCUCUCUGGAGAAUACCAGUAGGAUUCCAACUACACCAAGUACUGCCCAUGCCAGAUUUGCACCCUCGACCAUCCAACCUCCAAAGGAGUAUUCCAGCAUUUCCAGUUGUCCCAGAAGUGCUCCCAUACCCCAGGCUCCUCCCAUUCCACACCCACAUGUCUACCAACCCCCACCCCUCGGCCAUCCAGCCACACUGUUUGGGACACCACCAAGAUUCUCUUUUCAUCACCCUUACUUCCUACCUGGACCUCACUACUUCCCAUCAAGCACGUGUCCUUAUAGUCGGCCUCCCUUUGGCUAUGGAAAUUUUCCAAGUUCAAUGCCAGAAUGCCUUGGUUAUUAUGAAGACAGGUACCAAAAACAUGAGGCUAUGUUUUCAGCUUUAAAUAGAGACUAUCCUUUUAGAGACUACCCAGAUGAACGCACACACAGUGAAGAUUCUCAGAAUUGUGAGAGCAUGGAUGGGACCUCUUACUAUAACAGUCAUAGCCACAGUGGGGAAGAGUACUUAAAUCCCAUGCCUCAGCUGGACAUUGGAGCCUUGGAGAACGUCUUCACAGCCCCAACAUCAACUCCCUCUAGCAUCCAGCAAGUCAAUGUUACUGACAGCGAUGAAGAGGAAGAAGAAAAAGUGCUCAGGAAUUUAUAA